AACACACGUUAUUAUAUAUCUUUCAUUUAUUUCUACAUUUACGCGACAUACAUUUAUUUAUUUAUGUAUUUAUGUGUCCGUAUGCUAAUGAGGUGGGCGGUCCUAACCUCAGUCUGAAGCAGGAUUCGCCAAUUGUUGGAGCCAGGCAGAAGCAAUAGAUUCGUGGCAAGUCACAUCUGUACAUUCUGUGUACAUUGUCGGCAACUCGCUAAUAAUGGCUUCGGCUGGAAGGGCGCUGGCAGACCUUCUGCGGGAUGCGGCUAACCAGCUUGAAAACUCACCAAGGACCGCUAACGCGCCAGUUUCGUCUCCUCCUCCUCAUCCGUUACAUAACGGGACUCCCAGACACCCAGUGGACGCCGAAGUUUCAAGACUGUUUGGCCCCUACAUGGGAGGGAGGAGGACGGCAGGGCGGCAAACCCUUUCUGGUCCUGCACACCUGCAUUCUUAUACCCAUUUAUUCUGUUGCCUUGAGGACAAGAAUGCAGCCUUAGUCCCCAACCGAUACGCCAAAGAAAGACUCGCUGCUGCUGGCUUUGGUGAAAAACGGCUCACAUUUAAAGGUCUGUCAGUCAUUAGAAUGACGAUUAUCAAUCGCUCUUUCCUUUUCUGUCUAUUUUUUAUGGUAAAUGUACAUUUGUGAUAUAUAAAUAUAUUGAGUUACCCUUACAAUCAUAACAUUAUCUUUAUGUUAGAUCUCUUAUGUGUAUCAUCUAUUUCUAGGCAGCCAUACAGAUUCAAAUGAAUUCCUCGAAUUCUUGAUGGAUGCCUAUCCAAAACUGCGGAACGGUGGCGGUUUCGAGUUGCUAAAAAUAUCUGGCACUACGAGAAGUCGCCACUUGAUUGUGAUCCCCUGUCCCAAUGAGGGUUACUAUGUCAGAUAUUUGAAGGACCCUCAGACCCAGAUUGGCCAUUCUACGGUUUUCAUUAGACCAAUGCAAAGAACCCUGAAUUUGGACCCUGCAUGUCGAUCAGAAGGCGACAACGUGUUAAUUGGACCAAAUCAGAAAUGUGUCAUCUGUGGAGAGGAGUUCCCCUUUUCCAGAAUCAAGGAUCACAGCAAUAACUGCACGAGGAGAUCCAGCCAUUGGUGAUGGUGUGACUCGGCAUUUCUUUGCAACCAUCAUGUCAAAACUUCAGGCUGGUUUUGAGAUGAAGUUUGGUAAGUAAAUAUUUACUAUGGCUGAUCGCUGGGUCUCAGCCACUAAGUUAUGUGUGUUUUUGUACCAGUUCCAGGCUGAACACAGAUCUGUCCCUUAACCCCAGAAAACAAAACGUAUUCCUAAAACCUGAUGUGAUUGUAGCUGCUGUGAACAUGUAGGUUUCUACAGGAUCAACCAGUAUCCAGUGGCGGUUUGAUCAUUCCUUUACUAAUGCUUUGUGAUAGUUGAAUAUCUAUGUCCUUUACUUUACUAUCAAUUUACUUUGACUGUUUUCCUAUAUUUGCAGUGCCUGGAGGAACUCUUCUUUUUGAAGGAGAACAAGAUCAUCUGAUUCCCUCCACUUCUCAUCUCCUUUUGGAGAGUGACUUCUUUGUUGUUGCUGGCCGAAUGAUUGGACAUUCAUUCCUCCAUGAUGGGCCAUGCCUAGGUGGACUGAGCCCAGCUGUCCUGCAUGUGCUCUUUGGUGGAUCCCCAGAAGAAGCCACAAUAGAUAUUAAGGACUGUGUUGACCUUGAUAUCCGUGAGACAAUCAAGUUGCUGGAGGGAACAGCAGAGUUAUCAUCAGAAGAAAAAAAGCUCAUCAAUGAGUUGGCACUGUCCUGGGAUUUGCCUCUAGUCACAUGUGACAACAGGAGAUGGCUAUUUGAUAAACUGAUCCUCCAUGCUGUCCUUGGAAGAACCUCCAGACAAGUCAAGCAGUUACGAAGGGGUUUAAAAGAGACACUGAUCUGGCCUCUGCUGACGGAGAGGAAAGACACGAUUCCCCUUCUCUUUCCAAGAGCAUCUGAUUUGCAGUGCACACCACGGAUGGUGUUGGAGAAGAUAAACUGGCCCACACAGGAUGAGGAUGAAGACAGUGAAGUCUCUUUGGAGGAUUCCUGUAGGCUCACAGGAUUCCUGCGCACAUUUAUUGAGAUGGCAUCUCCCGUUAUCCUUGGGAAACUUGUGCAGUUCUGGAUAGGAUGGAAUGUGCUUCCUAGACAUGGCCUGGAUGUGACCGUGGUGGAGAGCAACUUCCCCAGCUCUUCCACAUGCUUUCACCAGCUGAAACUUCCAGGACAUUACAAAGAGUACUGUAUGUUUGAAAGGGACAUUCUUGCUGCUAUUUGGAGCACUGAAACUGGGUUCGGGAUGGUCUGAAGAGACGGACACACCUUAGUACUAGAUUUGUUGUCUUUUGUUUGGCCGGCCAAAAAUGUAUGUUUUCAGAGAGGAAAAAAAACUCAGUUAAUGCCUAUACUCCGGCCAGUUUGUGUAACACUGAAAAUAUAUAAAGAUAAACAUGCUUUCCUUG